CCAUGUUGGGCGGGUCGCGUGCCUGCCUUCUGGCGGCAGCGCUGCUCACCGUGCUCUACUCAGGAUGGUGCUCGGAAGACGAGGAGCGGCUAGUCCGCGACCUGUUCCGUGGGUACAACAAACUCAUCCGCCCUGUGCAGAAUAUGACCCAGAAAGUCGAUGUGCGAUUCGGACUCGCUUUUGUACAGCUUAUCAACGUUAACGAAAAGAAUCAAAUCAUGAAGUCGAACGUAUGGCUGCGUUUAGUAUGGAUGGACUAUCAGCUUAUGUGGGAUGAAGCUGAUUAUGGUGGUAUAGGCGUGUUACGUCUACCUCCCGACAAGGUUUGGAAACCUGACAUCGUGCUAUUCAACAACGCUGACGGUAACUACGAGGUGCGAUAUAAAUCUAACGUUCUCAUAUAUCCAAACGGCGAAGUGCUAUGGGUACCACCUGCCAUUUAUCAGAGUUCUUGCACUAUUGACGUGACAUACUUCCCGUUCGACCAGCAAACUUGUAUUAUGAAGUUCGGGUCGUGGACGUUCAACGGAGAUCAAGUGUCACUCGCGCUGUACAACAACAAGAAUUUCGUGGAUCUCUCCGAUUAUUGGAAAUCGGGAACGUGGGAUAUAAUCGAAGUACCGGCUUACUUGAAUAUUUAUGAGGGAAACCACCCCACCGAAACUGAUAUUACAUUUUACAUCAUCAUCAGACGGAAAACUUUGUUCUACACUGUGAACUUGAUUCUGCCUACUGUUUUGAUUUCGUUCCUUUGCGUCCUCGUAUUCUAUCUGCCUGCUGAAGCUGGUGAAAAGGUAACUUUGGGUAUCAGCAUUUUACUGUCACUGGUUGUGUUCCUGCUACUGGUGUCAAAGAUUCUUCCGCCGACUUCGCUCGUGUUGCCUCUGAUAGCCAAGUAUCUGCUCUUCACAUUCAUCAUGAACACCGUCAGUAUUCUUGUAACUGUCAUCAUCAUCAACUGGAACUUCAGAGGUCCAAGGACACACAGGAUGCCCCUGUGGAUACGGAGCGUCUUCCUGCAUUACUUGCCCGCAGCGCUGCUCAUGCGGCGGCCGCGCAAGACGCGCCUACGCUGGAUGAUGGAGAUGCCUGGCAUGGGCGCUCCGCCCCACGCUGCUGCACCCCAUGAUUUACCAAAGCACAUAAGUGCUAUUGGCGCUAAACAGAGUAAGAUGGAAGCGAUGGAACUAUCGGAUCUUCACCAUCCAAACUGCAAGAUUAACCGCGCAGCCGGUGGAGGUGGUGAAGUCGGAGCCCUAGGCGGCCUGGGAGCUCUUGGGGGCUUGGGCCUAGGCGGGGAGAGACGGGAGUCCGAGAGCUCAGACUCACUGCUCCUGUCGCCUGAAGCAGCUAAAGCGACUGAAGCUGUAGAGUUUAUUGCAGAGCAUUUGAGGAAUGAAGACCUGUACAUUCAGACGCGCGAGGAUUGGAAAUACGUGGCUAUGGUGAUCGACAGACUACAACUUUACAUCUUCUUCAUCGUCACCACGGCGGGAACGGUCGGCAUCUUGAUGGACGCGCCGCACAUCUUCGAGUACGUCGACCAGGAUCGAAUCAUCGAAAUUUAUCGAGGGAAGUAAGGAAUCUCUCUCCAAUACGGCUUCAAUCUAGGCUUCCAUACCAGUAUUAUUUUUAAGGAGUAAGAGUAAAGUAAAAGAAGUCAUCCACCUACUACAGGAAAAUUAAAGAAUGGAAAUCUUUAAUUUGAAAUGUAUGCUUGCCAAGGUAGAGUUUUAGGUUAAAUUUCUGUUGAAUUAUUUGAAUUUUCAAUUAAAAUAAA